AAAAAAACCAACAACACCGAAACAAACAAAAACUUUAUUCAGACGAACAGAAACUCUACUUCCGGGUGUACAGAGGAGGGUUGCUGCAAGAAAAGCACAGGCCAUGCUGUGGGAUCAGGAUGCGUUAUAAUGAAAAGGAGCUGCUGUCCCUCUCUAGACAGAGGGCAGAGAAAGCAGCUGAACUGAAUAUGAAAAACCCAAAGAAGGGAAGUGUUCUGAAGAAGCGCCUGGUAAAAUUGGUUGUGAAUUUUCUCUUUUAUUUCCGGAUAGAUGAAGAAGAGCCCAUUGGAGCACUCCUGCUUGAACACUGCAAAGUGGUUAAAGAAGAAGAGAAAGGAUUCUAUAUAUACUUUGUUGAUGAACCUGAAAGGAAAUACACAUUUGAGUGUACCUCCCGAGAACAAUGUGACGAAUGGGUAGAGGCGCUAACUAAUGCAAGCUACGAAUUCAUGAGGAGAAGUCUUAUGUACUACCGAAACGAGAUUCUCAGGAUGACGGGGAAGGACCCAUUGGAGCAGUACGGUAUCUCAGAAGAGUCACGCUUCCAAAUAGAGCCUGCAACUCUCUGAAGUUUCUCCAUAACAGUCCAUCUGCUUGGAGUAGUUCUUCUCUCAGGCACCCUCUUGUUGUCUUCAGGGGCUGAACAUGCACAUCCACAUUUUCACGUCAAGCUUCUAUGACCAUUUUCCUCCAACAGAAAUAAUUAUUUAAUGAUCAGCUGUUGACAGCAUGUAGUUUUGUCAUAUCAGAUGUAUAUUGUUAGCGCCAUAUGUAAGGCCAGUACAGUACUGUAUAUAGUGUCAAAACAGUUCAUGCCAUUUGUAUUUGCAAGAUAAGUAACUGCUCCACUAGUACACAUGUAUACCCCAUGGCUGCCAUACUGUUCUUACUCUUCGUGACAAGUAGACCGUGAAUACAGAGAUUGCAGACAUAAUUGUCUUCCUCUGUUCUAUAAAUACCUCAGUGACAAAGAGUAAAUGGACUGAACUGUGCCUUGACAACCAACUGAUAAGUUAGACCAAUAAACAAAAGGUGGUGGGGGGGGGAAAUCUUCCACUCACCGGAGUCUGCUGAUA